AUGAGAAGACAGGGUAGCAAUGAAAGCACCCCCUCCCCCUACAUAGGAGUCAGGAAAAGAAAAUGGGGAAGGUGGGUGUCAGAAAUCCGUGAGCCAGGCACAAAGAAUCGGAUUUGGCUGGGGAGCUUCGAUACACCUGAGAUGGCUGCUGUGGCCUAUGAUGCAGCUGCAUGGUACCUCAAAGGCUCCCAUGCACGCGUCAACUUCCCAGAAUUGGUAAACACUCAUCCCAUGCCACCCACCAAUAAUGCUGAUGACAUCCGUCAAGCUGCUCAACAAGCAGCUAUGCAGCUGAGGGGCAGGGGGGAGCAGUCAGAAGACGUUGGUGCAGGCUCCAGUGCUGGCAACCUCCCAGCAAGAGUGGUGCUGUCGCCUGGCCACAUUCAAGCUAUAUAUGAAUCGCCACUUGACACACCCGAAAUGUGGAUGGAUAUGGGAGGACCAUCAGUGGCAGGAGAAUCUUUCAAUUUUGAUGACUCUCAAAUGGAUGAGUGGGAUGAAACAGACUUUAGUCCAUUUGGGAUUGACCGAGUGAUAAUUCUUAGCAUGAAGAAACUCUCCUUGUUACUGAAAAUGGAAGAGUUUGCAACCUGA